AUGAUGGAUUUAGAUGUUGACCAAUUUGGAAUUCCAGAGCAGGAGUAUAGCUGUGUAGUAAAGAUGCCUUCUGGUGAAUUCGCACGUAUCUGCCGAGAUCUCAGUCAUAUUGGAGAUGCUGCUGUCAUUUCCUGUGCGAAAGAUAGAGUGAAAUUUUCUGCAAGUGGAGAACCCGGAAAUGGAAAUAUUAAGUUGUCACAAACAAGUAACAUUGAUAAAGAGGAGGAGGCUGUUACCAUAGAGAUGAAUGAGCCCGUUCAGCUAACUUUUGCACCUAGAUACCUGAACCUCUUUACAAAAGCCACUCCACUCUCUUCUACAGUAACACUCAGUAUGUCUGCAGAUGUAGCCCUAGUUGUAGAAUACAAACUUGCUGAUAUGGGACACUUAAAGUACUAUUUGGCUCCCAAGAUCGAGGAUGAAGAAGGAUCUUAG